CGCCGAUGACAACGUUAUCGUCAAAGAUUCGAUGAUACACUGAAGCAGGAUAAAUUUUAUACUAUACAAAAUUUUAUUCUGUUUAGCUUGUUUACGAAGAUUCAGUCUAUGACUAAACAUGGAGAGGUCACAGAAAGAGGAAGAGAGAGAACAAAAGGCUAUUUCACAGUUCUGCGUUGCCGUUAUAAAGGAAGCAGUAUUCGAGUAUACUCUUGAAAAAAAGGAAAAUGUAGAGACCGCCAUACAAAUUGCUGAGGCACAGGAAAAAGCUUUAAAAGAGGAACUCGAUGAAUUAGAAGGAAUGAACAGAUUUGAAAGUGGAGACGCAGUAGAAAGUUAUAAGUGUAUUGAUAAAGAAGGGAGACAAAGAAGAGACACCGUAGAAGAUUAUAAGUGUAAUGAUAAAGAAGGGAGACAAAGUGGAGACGCCGUAGAAGGUUAUAAGUGUAAUGAUAAAGAAGGGAGACAAAGUAGAGACACCGUAGAAGGUUAUAAGUGUGAUGAUAAAGAAGGGAGACAAAGUGGAGACACCAUAGAAGGUUUUAAGUGUAUUGAUAAAGAAGGGAGACAAAGUGGAGACACCGCAGAAGGUUUUAAGUGUAAUGAUAAAGAAGGGAGACAAAGUGGAGACACCAUAGAAGAUUAUAAGUGUAAUGAUAAAGAAGGGAGACAAAAUGGAGACACCGCAGAAGGUUAUAAGUGUAUUGAUAAAGAAGGGAGACAAAGUGGAGACGCCGCAGAAGAUUAUAAGUGUGAUGAUAAAGAAGGGAGACAAAGUGGAGACGCCGUAGAAGGUUACAAGUGUAAUGGUAAAGAAAGGAGACAAAGUGGAGACGCCGCAGAAGGUUAUAAGUGUAAUGAUAAAGAAGGGAGACAAAGUGGAGACACCGCAACUGAUAAUCAGUGUAACGAUAAAGAAGGGAGACAACCUGAGGAAAAGUCGAGUUUCUCCUUGGAGGAUGAAAAAGAUGCAGAGGGUGAUCUAGAGGGAGCUAAACACGAGAAAGCGCUUAUACCUACAGGAAAAGUUAUCACAAAGAUUCACGAGCAGAAAAUAGCAGACAAUCCAUUUAAGGAUGCCGUCGGCUAUAAGAAACCAGGCAAGAAGUCUGUACUAGAUUUGAUAUAUACAGAGCAAAAUGAUAAAGACCAGAAAAAGAAGAAAAGAGAAAUUAACAAGGAAGUGAAAAAGAAUGAGAGAAAAGCUAGGAAAGAAGAAAGAAAGGUUAAGAAGCAUUUUAAAAAAGUAGCCAAGAAGACUAAAAAAUACACAAGAGAGGUUAAAAUACAGUGGGAAAAGGAAUUAAAAAGGAGGGAAAAGAUGGAAGACAAACAGAAGAGGACAUUAGAAAAAGAAACAAAAAAAGUCAAAGGUGAAAUAAAGAAAAUCAUCAAAACCCCAAAUACUGACAGGGAAAAACAAGAUAAAAAGAAAAACAAAUCAAAGAAAGAGCCAAAGAAAACAGAAGAGAAAAAAAGGUCCAAUGAUAAGAAGACAAAAAAGAGACAAGAAAAAGAAUUAAAAAUGGAAGUGAUUGAUGUUAAAAGGAGAGAAACACAAACAGAUAUCGAUGACAAGGUCGAAUCAAACAAUGCAGAAAAACAGAAAACAUUUGGAUCAAACAUUUUUGCUUUCUUCCGAUCUUUAUCGUGCAUCAAAAGACAGACAACAGAUGUUUAA